UUUUUUCUUCUUGCUUUUGAUAGAGUUAACUCCCCUUUUCACAUUUUAAUAAGUUUUCAAUCACUAUUUUUUAAAACUUGGUACAGGACAGGUACAUACUGAAUAAAAUCUACAGUGGCGAGUUCAGAAAUAUAUUGCUGAAUCGGUGAAUGUGUUUGUGCCUGUGACAAGAUGAACAACAAGCCGAAGAACAAAUUCGGAAAGAUCAAAGACAAUUCAGCUUGUAAAAUGGAUCGGGUUGGGAAAAGUGUAGAGGAGAUGCAAGAGUUUAGACGGCAGUAUGAUGCAGACAUCAAACAGAAACGGCAGUGGCUCAAUCAGCAGAUUCAGCAGACAGCUGCUAUAGCUGCACAUUACAAUUCAGUUCAAACUCAGCAGCAGCAACCACUAUCACCAUCAACAGAUGGUCGAACCAGCGUACCAGAGGACGAACAAAACAUUUAUUCUGAUAUUGAUAACUGUAUUUCAAAGCUCUGUGAAACAGAUCCUAACGAAAAGCACCUUGCCAAGGAAUGGAAUGCACCCUAUUCCACGAACGCCGCUCACUAAUUCUUGCAAUGAGAGAACACUUUUUAAAAGCUGUCAGUUGCACUGCUACCGUCUACAGUGUUAACUUUGUGUUAAGAAUAUUACCUUACAAAGGAAUGGAAUAUAUCUAUUCCAAGGAUUCUAUUCAUGAAUUAUGUCAGUGAGAUGAUGUUUUCAAAAAGCUGUCACUUCCACCACUACCAUCUGUUAGUUUAAGUUUAUGUAUUUUACCACCACAAGUAAAGUACCUGUUAACAAAACAAUACAAUUCAUGUAUAUUCCUUAUUUUCUCUAUAAAAAAAAGAGAGCAUUUUUUAAUGGAUGUCACCACAUUCACCACCAAAAUAAGUUUUGAAAAAUGUAAAAUUAACUCUGAACAGUUAUUUCUACUAGUAUGUUGCUCUGUGAAGAGUUGGGGGGG